AUGGGUCGCUCGCACGGCCUGUCGCCAGCCCUCGACGACGACGGCAGCGAUGCCGCUGGCGGAGGCGUCUCGCAGUCGGCGGCGGAGGCGAGGCUUUCUCUGUGCGAUCUUGAGCACUUUUGGAGUCUGAGUUUAGGGCAGCUGUCUGAAGACGCGUCAGCUGCGGCCGUCGAGGAAGGCCUCUUGUGGAGUGACGUCGCCCGUCUCUUCUCAGCAUGGGAAGAGACACGCGACAAGCUGCUGAAGAGGGGUGACGUCCUCGUCAUACGGCUGAAGCGUCUCGCGCUCUUUCUGCCUGAGAACGGCGACGCUCACACGCGAGGCAACUCCGCAGCGGUCGGCGGGGGCGGCUCUUCAGGUGACGAUGACUUUCUCGGAUUCAUUGGCAGACAGCGGGAACGCAAGGGGGCCGAAGCGGCGCUCGAGGAGCUCCGCCUUCUCAAGAAAGCAGAAAAGGAGACCGAAGCCCUGCGGCUCUUUGACGUCUUCCACGAAAUGUUGCAGCGCAGAUGUGCGGCCGCCACAGGUCGCACGGCGGACAUGACCAUGGUAGGCGGAGAGGUAACAAACGAAAGUGCAGCAGUCUCCGUCCUGGAGGGCCUAGGCGGCGCACGAGACGGCCAGUUGAAGGCAGGGGCUGACCUGCAGCGUCACGUUAAAGGUAAAAUGUUUGCGUUUUUCGGCAUGCCUGGUGACGCUCGAGCGUCGCCUUCGCCAGGCGCUAGGGAUCUCACAAACACCUACGGGGGCCAGGCGUUACACGGCGCCGCACGCACGCCCGCGCUGGACAGUACUCGCAGCGCCGGGGGUCGGUGCGGCCUUUCUUGCUCUCAUGCUCUAUGCGCGAUGAAGCGCGUGCCCGGAAGCUUGCCGUCCAUGAUCCACAUCCAGCUCGAGCGCAUUCAGAAAGUGUCGAGAGAGAUGAGAGCCAUCCUGCUGGAGUUUCUGAAGGUCCCUGUUGCGCUUUCGCCUGCGGGUUCCAGGACGAAAGGCGAGAAAGGGCUCGCAGGCUCCGCGCGGCCACGGGGUACCGAGGGCAGUGGAGCGUCGUGUCGUCUGCCGGUCAUGCAAGCUGCGAAGGAUAGCAGCUGCGGUUGGCUCCCGCAGUGGCAGUAUGUUCUCCAGCUGCGCCUCCUGUGUGAGGCGCGCGCCCACGCGCAGCUCGUGGAAGAGACGCCUGCGGCAGGCGCCGCCGCCAGCGAAGCUUUCCAAGCCAUCAAGUGUUCAGAGGGUGACCGCCUUGCAGACAAAGCAGUGCGGAGAGAAGGCUCUCCCGGCAACGCGCAGGCGCCGCCAUCUGCACGCCUUUCGGCGAGGGAGGAAACUGCGGGAGCCGCGGAAACAUAUGCCAGUGGUGGUAGCCUGGUGAAUGUCGGUUCAAAUGUGACAACAGUCCGCGCGCUGAAUGCACAGCCGAAGGACUCCCCUCAGAGGGAAGAGACUGCCGAGCGUCCUUUAUCGCCACGACUUCGUGACGCGCUGCUCGAGACGUCACGCGCAUGUGAAGCGAUUCUUGUGUCUGCGGGUAUGGGGCUUGGCACCCUGCGCGCGCUUGAAGCAGCGAGCAGCAGUGGCACACUUCUGGAGGCCGGAAUAGGAGAACUUCCGCGGCCAUCAGAUCCCACCCGUGACUUGGGAAAUGGCUUAGACACGUUACUGGGACAGUUGCCGAUGUGUGUACGUGCACUGAACGCGAUUUCCCGACUGCCCGCUGCAUAUCGCGUCUUUGGCUGA